AUGGAGAGGGGCGGUGCGACGCGAGGCAGCGCGAGUGGACUGGACGGGGCGGGGCGGGGCCCGGGCGGUCACGUGGGCGUGAGCCCUCUUUCUUAGGUCAAGGGCAAAAGCUGCCUGGCAGCAAGCUUGAUGCAGCACCAAGUGGCCAUCGUCACCGGCGGGGGUACGGGCAUCGGAAAGGCCAUCGCGACCGAGCUGCUGCAUCUAGGUGCAGGAGUCCUGAUUCCAUCAAAGAAUAUUGAACGAUUAAAAUCUGCUGCAGAUGAACUGAAGGCCAGUCUGCCUCCUACCAGCCAGGCUCAAGUCACUCCCAUAAAAUGCAACAUCUGUAAUAAUGAGGAGGCGAAUAAUUUGGUCAAAGCCACCUGAGACUUUUAUGGUCAGAUCAGUUUCUUGGUAAACAAUGGAGGAGGCCAGUUCUUCUCUCCUUCUGAACACAUCAGUUCAAAGGGGUGGAAUGCUGUGAUUGAAACCAACCUGACGGGCGCCUUCUACAUGUGCAAAGCAGGCCUCUCACUGUUGUGGUCUCUCCCGUUGCGGAGCACAGGCUCCAGAUGCGCAGGCUCAGCGGCCAUGGCUCACGGGCCCAGCCGCUCUGCGGCAUGUGGGAUCUUCCCGGACCGGGGCACGAACCCGUGUCCCCUGCAUCGGCAGGCGGACUCUCAACCACUGCGCCACCAGGGAAGCCCCAGUGCCAUACUUUUAAGAGUGAACUUCUCUUUGUUUCUCCAGUCUAGGGGCUGCUGGGCAGUGGAUGCUAUGACGUGCCACACAGAUCCUCCCUCAGGAGGAAGGGAGUUACUGGGCCGGCUACUAGAAGUGCUGCCAGCAGACGGCCCUCAUCUGUCAGCCCCCUGCUGGACAAACUCAGCUGAAGAGAGCUGCCCUAGCCAAGUACGCGGGCCUCUCACUGUUGCGGCCUCUCCCGUUGCGGAGCACAGGCUCCGUACGCGCAGGCUCAGCGGCCAUGGCUCACAGGCCCAGCCUCUCCGCGGCAUGUGGGAUCUUCCCGGACCGGGGCACGAACCCGUGUCCCCUGCAUCGGCAGGCGGACUCUCAACCACUGCGCCACCAGGGAAGCCCCAGAGGGAAUCUUUACACAGUCCAGAUGGCCUAUCAACACCUUUCACCAAACUAAGUUCUUUCCCUGGGAAAUUGCACGCCCACCUUUGAAUUUAUGUCAUCCAGCUGUUUCCAAGAUAGAUUUAUUUAAGUCGAUAAAAAGCAAAAUAAAAUAAUA